ACAAGCUGACAAAUGGAUUGGAUUAGAGAGAUAAAAAGGAAAAGGAGAGCUUUGGACGGGUGGAGAUGCUUUAUUAUGCUCUUCAAGAUUUGACACCUGUCCAUUUCUCUCUGUUGUUAACUUUAUUUUUCUUGAUUUCCCAUCUCAUGUCCACCCUCUUUCUUGCUCUUUCAGCUUCCAAGACUUGAGCAUCUCCCAGAUAUUAUUAAAUAGAGAUAUGCCCAAGGGCUUGGUAAAGAAUCAAGCAAGCCAAGUCUUUUUAUUUUAGCUGACAGUGUUUUUUUAGAUGGUAAGUUGAUGGUGGUAGAUAGAGAAGACUCCAGAGAAGAAGUUAAUGAGACCAUUAACAGGUCUAGCCCAUCUACCUAGAGUCUCUAAUUUCCACUAAUGGAAAUUUGGAUCCGUUGCUGUUGACCAGAUCUGACUAACCAUUUCACUUUCAUUAACUUUUAACUCACCCAUAUCUUUGCAUCCUCUGGAUUUGCCGCCUGAUUUAGUUAAAGUAUUGAACUUUGUUUUACCUUUUCCUAAAAGGCAUGGAAAAUGGUCUGUCAAAACCUCUUGCUCACAUUCCAAAAUCAUUCUUGAUAAGUGAAGGGUUGAUGAUUUUAGUUGAAUAAUGACAGGCUGUGUGAUCUUGGAGGGGUUAGAGGGUAACUUUUUGUACUGCCCAGAUAGUGAUUUUGAUGGAGGAGAUGUAUCCGGCGGUUGCAGUGCCAUUUAGAGUAGGUAAUUCAGCCUGUGAAAGUCCAUCCAUAGAUACCCACAUGGAUAUCACAAGACUUUUAAUGGCAGACACGGCUAGCUUAUUAUCUGAUACUGUAACUAAGGUUCCUACUGCUGGGGAUAAGGAUUGUAAUUGUGGUGAUUUAGACAAUGAAGUUAAAGAUACAGCGGCUCCAGCUUCAAAAGAGGACAGGGGAGGAAGAGGAGCCCCUUUGUUGGAUAUGAUCUCUGAAACUGAAAGAAACUGGGUUGUUGGCGAUGAUGGGAUAACACGGGAAAGUGAGGAAGAUGAUUCUUUGUCGUUGGAGGGUGAUCCAAUUCUUGAUAGUUCUUGUUCUCUUUCAGUGGCUAGUGAGACAAGUAGCUUAUGUGGAGAGGAUCUCUUGAGUUUGGAGACCACCUCUGAGGUAGGAACACUGAAUUCUGUAGAAAUAAAAAAGAGCAUUGGUGGUGUUGAUAUUGUUGCCAAGACAGCAGAUUUGGGGGAUUCAAACGUUGACACUGUUGUGAGCGAUCUCCCUUCGGUGGCAGGAAGUGUUGAGGAAGAGGCUGGGGAUGGAUCUGAUGCAAAGACAUCUUCUGUGGUUCUUCAGUUGACUCUGGAAAGAGGGACCAGUGGAACAGUAUCAAGAAGUGUUUUUGAAGUGGACUAUGUACCCCUUUGGGGAUUUACAUCUAUUUGUGGAAGGAGACCGGAGAUGGAAGAUGCAGUUGCUACUGUGCCUUAUUUUUUAAAAUUUCCUAUUCAAAUGCUGAUUGGCGACCGAUUACUUGAUGGAAUGAGCAAGUAUUUGCCUCACCAGACUGCUCAUUUCUUUGGAGUUUAUGAUGGUCAUGGAGGCUCGCAAGUGGCAAAUUAUUGUCAUGAUCGUAUCCAUUCGGCUUUGUCCGAGGAGAUAGAAUUUGUUAAGAAUGGCCUGAGUGAUGGAAGUAUUAAGGAUAGUUGCCAGGAGCAGUGGAAAAAUGCUUUCACCAAUUGUUUUCUCAAGGUUGAUGCUGAAGUCGGAGGAAAGGCUGGUGCCGAACCAGUUGCCCCAGAAACUGUUGGUUCUACUGCUGUUGUGGCCAUUAUUUGUUCAUCCCACAUCAUAGUAGCAAACUGUGGAGACUCACGAGCAGUUCUUUGUCGCGGGAAAGAACCAAUGGCAUUAUCAGUGGAUCAUAAACCAAACCGAGAAGAUGAGUAUGCAAGGAUAGAAGCAGCUGGAGGCAAGGUCAUACAGUGGAAUGGGCAUCGUGUCUUUGGUGUUCUAGCAAUGUCAAGGUCUAUUGGUGAUAGAUAUUUGAAACCAUGGAUUAUUCCAGAACCCGAAGUUAUGUUUAUUCCUAGGGCAAAAGAAGAUGAAUGUCUCAUUCUGGCAAGUGAUGGUUUGUGGGAUGUCAUGUCAAAUGAAGAAGCAUGUGAUCUGGCACGCAAACGAAUACUUGUCUGGCACAAAAAGAAUGGCGUUGCGCUCUCCUCCUCAAGGAGCGAGGGAAUUGAUCCUGCAGCUCAAGCAGCAGCUGAGUUCCUCUCAAACCGUGCCCUUCAAAAAGGAAGCAAGGAUAACAUCACUGUAAUCGUGGUGGAUCUGAAAGCGCAAAGGAAGUUCAAAACCAAAACAUGACAGUUUCUUUUGGCAGCUCAUUUUGUAUACCUCUCAUCUGGUACGAGAUAGUGUUGCCCGUCUGUUUUUCACCUGGGCUUUAUUGCUAAAUGGAAUUAGAUGCCUGUAUGUAUCUGUAGAACUCGCAGCAUCCUAGAACUCUUCUUUAAACUGAAGAGUUGCCAUCUACUGGCUAGUUCUGGCUAUGUAAAUCUUAGCUGCUUGUUGUAGGAUAGGAGAUCGCAACAGUUCGUCUUAUGACAUUAUGGGCAAAUGUAUUUGUUAUGCCUCCGAGUUGGAAAAGAAAACAAAUUGCUCUGUGAGGUAUUAACUUCCUAUUAUUUUAAGCAUGUGCUUCUUAAAAAGGAAUUAGAUAAACUUUGGAGGUA